AUGUUUCUUAAAAAGAAAGAAUUCAAGAAGUGUGGAAACGGACGGUUUAGUUUUGUAGAAUAUUCUGUGGAUACUCGAAAAGGUUAAUGAAUCAGCAACGCAUAUAGUGCUAAUAAAACAUGUUCGAUUAGUUUUCUUCAAAGUUAUUAUUAGUUAACUCUUUAUUUCAUUGUGUAAUACGUAUAAUCGCUUAGCCACCACGACUACCACCACAAUAAAAUGGCGACUGACCCAGCGAAACACCGCAUGCAAGUUUUCAAGAAUACGGGCAAGGAUGUGGACGAAAUGCGCAGGCGGAGGAACGAAGUGACAGUCGAGUUGAGAAAGAAUAAAAGAGAGGAGACGUUACAAAAGCGUAGAAAUGUGCCAGCCAGCUACUCUACAGACGAAGACGACCUGGAUAGGAGUUUGGCGCCGACCGAUCUUGAGGACCUACUGUUGAAGGCGGCGAACGUUGAGAACCCUGAGGUGCAGAUAGCAGCUGUGCAGCAGUGUCGGAAACUGCUGUCAUCCGACAAGAACCCGCCCAUCGACGACUUGAUAAAGACUGGAAUCCUCCCCAUACUAGUACAGUGCCUUUCCAGGGUUGACAACCCGACCUUACAAUUUGAAGCCGCAUGGGCUCUCACGAACAUCGCAUCUGGAACUUCGGCACAGACCAACAAAGUUGUCCAUGCGGGUGCUGUACCUUUAUUCCUUCAAUUGUUAAUGUCACCGCAUGAAAAUGUGUGUGAGCAAGCAGUAUGGGCACUGGGUAACAUUAUUGGUGAUGGUCCGGUUCUUCGUGACUUUGUGGUGGAACUCGGAGUUGUGCAGCCUUUACUUAGCUUCAUUAAGCCAGAUAUCCCUAUAUCCUUCCUGCGCAAUGUCACAUGGGUUAUUGUGAACCUGUGCAGGAGUAAGGACCCACCACCUCCUGUCAAGACUAUCCAGGAGAUUCUUCCAGCACUCAAUGUACUCAUCACCCAUUCUGACCUUAAUAUAUUAGUAGAUACCGUAUGGGCAAUAAGUUAUUUAACAGACGGUGGCAAUGAACAAAUUCAAAUGGUCAUAGACUCUGGCAUAGUCCCCAAGUUGAUUCCUCUGCUCUCACACAAGGAGGUGAAGACACAGACAGCUGCCCUUAGAGCUGUUGGCAACAUUGUGACGGGGACCGAUGAACAAACACAAGUUGUGCUUAAUUGUGAUGCACUGUCACACUUCCCUGCACUAUUGUCACAUCCAAAAGAGAAAAUCUGCAAAGAAGCAGUGUGGUUCUUAUCCAAUAUCACAGCUGGCAACAAACAGCAAGUUCAAGCAGUCAUUGAUGCUGGUCUACUCCCAAAGAUUGUGGAGAACCUCACUAAGGGAGAGUUCCAGACACAAAAGGAGGCCGCAUGGGCAGUGUCCAACCUUAGCAUUAGUGGCACCAAGGAGCAAGUAGCCACGCUCAUCAACUGUGGAGUCAUUCCACCCUUCUGUAAUCUACUUGCAUGCAAGGAUACACAAGUUAUCAAUGUAGUGUUGGAUGGUCUGAGUAACAUGCUCAAGAUGGCGGGUGACAAUGUGGACCAAGUUGCCAACAUGAUAGAACAGUGCGGCGGCAUAGACAAGAUAGAGGAGCUGCAGGGCCACGAGAAGGUUGAGAUCUACAAGAUGGCCUAUGACAUCAUAGAGCAGUACUUUGCUGAUGAGGAAGAAGACGCCACCCUAGUGCCCGCAGCCGCCGACGCCGGCUUCCAGUUCGAGCCGGCGGCCGCACAGCGCGACCCGUUCCGCUUCUGAGCCACGCCCCCCGGCCGCCACGCCCACUCCGCGCUGUGGCACUAGGCGACGCGACGGACGGACUGCGCCCACCGGCCGGACUAUAACCCUUGACAGACUCAAUGUCACUCGACAGACUGGACCGCGUGACUGGGGACAGCUAUGAAAUAAUGCUAGAGUUGUAGUAUAGAGAGAAUGCUGGCAAACUACGUGGAAGCUUUCAAUAUUAAAUCCGCAAUAAUGAAAGACUGAAAUAAUCAAAAAACUUUUUAUGGUAUGUACUACCGACUCUGAAUACUAUGGAAGUGGUAUACAUGAUUUGUUGUGUAUGGACUAAAUUGGAGAACUCCACACUCAUUAAUCACAGACACGGGUUGCUUAUGGACUGAGAAGUUUACAGUUGGAAUUUGUAUAUCCUGAAGAAGCUUGACAAGGACUGAAAUGAUAUUCGGUCUAUGACAUCAAUUCUCUAUGUGCUGCUAAUUUGUUGCUUGGAUGACAGACUAUUAAACUUAAUAUGACUGAUGACUGACUAAAUAUUGGACGAUGAAAUAAUU